CCAAGAGGCAACAGAAAACAUGGUGCAUCAUUUAUCAUUACUAGAGCAAUUACAGGUCCUGCACUGUUUUUGCUUCGAUACAUCUGGUACAGCCCUGCCAAGUUUUCUCUGCCCACUGGACUGGUUCGUCUGGUUAGUAAGCAGAUCAACUGGCACCUAGUACUUGCAAGCAAUGGCAAAUUGUUGGCAGUUGUUCAAGACCAAUGUGUAGAAAUCAGGUCUGCAAAAGAUGACUUUGGAUCCAUAGUUGGAAAAUGUCAAGUGCCAAAGGAUCCUAACCCUCAAUGGAGACGAGUGGCAUGGAGUCAUGAUUGUACGUUACUUGCUUAUGCUGAAAGCAUUGGAACAGUGAGAGUGUUUGACCUAAUGGGUAGUGAGCUUUUGGUCAUUUCACCAGUAACAAGUUUUCCAGGAGAUCUGAGUUACGCUAUUGCUGGAUUGAUCUUUCUAGAAUACAAAGCAAGUGCCCAAUGGUCAGCCGAACUGCUUGUCGUUAAUUAUCGUGGAGAAUUGAGAAGUUAUCUUGUGAGUGUUGGAACAAAUCAAAGCUUUCAAGAAAGUCAUAGUUUCAACUUUAGCAGCCAUUAUGCCCAUGGAAUAACUACUGUCAUUUAUCAUCCUGGUCACAGACUCCUGCUUGUAGGAGGCUGUGAAACAGAUGCAGAUGGAGUAUCUAAAGCAACUGGUUGUGGGAUAUCUGCUUGGAGGGUUCUGUCAGGCUCUCCCCAUUACAAACAAGUCACUAGUUACGAAGAUGACAUUAGAACAGCACAGAGAAGAGGAUUAUUAAGGAUUAUGAAUUUAAGAUUUUACAGCAGGCGGGGAACAGAACAGGAUGGAGUUUUCAAGAUGAAUCUUUCUCCUGAUGGAGCUCUUCUGGCAGCUAUUCAUUUCUCAGGAAAACUGACGAUUUGGUCUAUUCCAUCUCUCAGACAGCAAGGAGAAUGGGAUCAAACUGAUCAGCCUGGUUAUGAUGAGAUCAACCCAGACUGGAAACUCUCCAGUGAAAAAAGAAAGAAAAUAAAAGAUAAAGAAUCCUACUACCCAUUGAUAGAUGUAAAUUGGUGGGCUGGUAAUUCUGUCAUCCUGGCUCGCUGCUCUGGUGCAUUGACUGUGUCAUCAGUCAAGACAUUAAGAAAUUUGCUGGGAAAGUCAUGUGAAUGGUUUGAGAGUUCUCCUCAGGUCACUUCAGCUCACGAUGGAGGAUUUCUAAGUCUGGAGUGUGAGAUAAAACUUGUUCCAAAAAGAUUACGCUUGGAGAGCAGGCCUGGUGAUGAAGAUGAGGGAGAAGAUGACUCUGACUCAGAUGAUGAAACUUCUGCUAAGGACAGAUACUUCAGCUACCUAAAGCAAGGCCUGUACUUUGUGACAGAAAUGGAACGAUUUGCUCCUCCACGGAAACGUCCACGUACUAUCACCAAGAAUUUCCGUCUUGUCAGUUUAAGAUCCACAACUCCAGAGGAACUGUACCAGAGAAAAAUUGAUAAUGAAGAAUAUGGGGAAGCUUUGUCUUUGGCUCAAACAUACGGCCUUGAUUCUGAUCUUGUGUAUCAAAGGCAGUGGAGGAAGUCGGCUGUUAACGUUGCUUCAAUUCAAGACUACUUGAGCAAAAUUAAGAAGCGUGCAUGGGUUCUUCAUGAGUGCUUGGAAAGAGUUCCGGAGAACGUGGAUGCUGCUAAGAAGCUGCUUCAGUACGGCUUGAAAGGCACAGACUUGGAGGCUCUUGUGGCCAUAGGAAAAGGAGAAGAUGGUGGCAGGUUUAUCUUACCGGGAGAGGUGGACCUUGACAUUCCCUAUGAAGACUUUUUGUCAUCAGAUGAAGAAAUGGAUACUAGAAAGGAACAAGAGGCCAAGAAGCGUCAAGAACUGCUAUUAUCAGUAAACUUUUCAAAGCUGACACUGGAACAAAAAGAACUCUGCCGUAGCAGGCUGAAGUUGUUAACUUACCUUGAUCGCCUUGAAACGUAUGAGGAGAUCCUUGGAGGGCCUCAUGCAGCUGAACAGCACUAUGAUGGUGAAUUCUUCAAGAAGUUCAGAAAUCAGAAUAUUGUACUUUCAGCAAGAACUUAUGCUCGGGAAAGCAAUGUCAGAGCCCUGGAAAUUUUGUUCACUUUUCAUGGAUCAGCAUUACUUCCACACAGACAGGCAAUUCUCUCCAAUUUUCCAGAGACUACUUCACCACAUGAGUAUGCUUUCUUGUUGCCUGAAGCUUGUUACAAGCAAGGGAUGCUGAAAAUUAUUCCUUGGAAUGAGCAGAAACAUCGUGAAGAAGACUGGUGUGAAAAAGCAGAAUGCAGGAUGAUUGUUGAACCAGCUUUACAAGAUGAGGGCGAAUUUCUGUAUGAAAAGCAACGUGAGUUACUGAAGUACAGGACUACUGACCUUUCAGUAGAUCUCGUUACUGAUUGGUAUUUGAGCAGAGCACAGGAAAUUGAAAAAUAUGCGAUGCAGGUGGACUGUGCGCUGUCCCUUGUUCGUCUUGGCAUGGAGAGGAAUAUUCCUGGUCUGCAGGUGCUUUGUGACAAUCUGAUCACUCUUGAGACAGUAGUUUAUGAGACAGACGGUGAUCGAACCUUAACUUUGAAGGAACUUGUAGAGAUGAAAGACAUUGAAAAGCUGAGACUGUUGAUGAAGAAUUCCUCUGAUGAAAAAUAUGUGAAGAAUGUUUAUCAAUGGAUGAUCCCUUUUCUCCACCGCUGUGAAAAUCGGUCCCCUGGUCUGGCAAAUUCACUUUUCAAAGAGUAUUUAGUAACAUUAGCAAAGGAAGACCUGAGUCUACCUCUGAAGAUAUUUCAGAGUUCAAAACCUGCCUGUCAGCAAAAAAUUAUUCCUGAUCAAGACCAGCUUAUGGUUAUGGCACUGGAAUGUAUUUAUAGUUGUGAACGAGAUGACCAGCUCUCUCUCUGUUACGAUAUUUUGGAAUGUCUUCCACAAAGAGGAUACGGGCCUGAAACAGAUAAAACUAACACUCUUCAUGAUGAAGUAGAUGAACUGGAACAAAUUCUUAGUGUGUCAGAGCUGUUGGAGAAACAUGGACUUCAGAAACCUGUUUCCUUUGUGAAAGACACAAAGGACAACGCGGAGGAGGCACAGAAGCUGAUGAUUAGACUGACAAGGCACGCAGGUCGCAAGCAACCAUCAGUCAGUGAGAUACACUGGAAGGAAUUGCUCCAGGAUAUGCUAGACAUGCAGCAGAAAGUAUACACAUGCUUAAAUUCAGAUACUUGCUAUGAGAUAUUCACAGAAAGUCUUUUAUGCUCAAGCAGUAUAGAAAAUAUCCACUUGGCUGGGCAGAUGAUGCAUUGCAGUAUUUGGUCGGUGGAUCUACCAAGCUCAUCAAAAGGGAGGCCACAGUACCGAGUCAGCUAUGCGAAAAGUAUCGAGCUAGUUUUGGCUGCUGGCAGAGAAUAUUUCAAUUCUUCAACGAGUUUGACAGAUAGCUGUAUGGAUUUGGCCAGGUGCUGUCUGCAACUUAUUGUAGACUGUCCGAGUGCUAUUCAGGAGGAGCUAGAUCUCAUUCGUGCUCUUGGCUACCUUGAAGAAUUUGGUGUAAAAAUCUUACCGUUACAAGUGCGUUUAUGUUCGGAUCGACUUAGUCUCAUCAAAGACUGUCUUGCUCAGUUGUCAACGAACUAUAAGCAGUCUGCUAAGCUCCUGGGACUUGCGAAUUUGCUCAGGGUUGCAGGAGAUGAUCAGAUGGAGAGAAAAGGUCAAGUUUUAAUACUUUUAGUGGAACAAGCGCUCAGUUUCCAGGACUACAAAGCAGCUAGUAUGCAUUGCCAGGAGCUCAUGGCCACAGGUUAUUCUAAAAGCUGGGAAGUGUGCAGUCAGCUUGGGCAAUCAGAAGGCUACCAUGAUUUGGCUAUGCGUCAGGAACUCAUGGCUUUUGCUCUGACACACUGUCCCCCAAGUGCCAUAGAGGCAUUGCUGGCGGUGAGCAGUUCGUUGCAAACCCAGAUUCUUUAUCAGGCUGUGAAUUACCAGUUCCUUCCUUCAGAAGGAGGUGGUGAGAAUAUAAAUAUCUCAGGACCUUCUUCAUUGAUCAGUAAGGAUACAGAGGAUGAAACCAACGCCUCCUCUAGCCAGUCUGCUGAUUUGUUGUACUGGACGACAUCAAAAACCAUGAAGGUGUUGUCUAACACAACUAUGACUACAAAAGCCAUGCUGCAUGCUGUCAGUGAUGGACAGUGGUGGAAGAGAUCAUUAACUUAUCUUCGACCGUUACAUGGCCAAGAAUUUGGAGAUGUAUUAAAAAGUGGACCUGGAGAAAAUGCCACUGUGGAAAAGCAAGGCUGUCAUCCAUUCUAUGAGUCUCUAAUUGCUGAUCCAUACAUUGCAGAAUCUGAAAUCAGCUAUGGCACAUACCAGAACAAUUCUUUGGAAAGCUUUGCAGAAGUGUUACUGAGAACAGAGAAACUCACAGAAACAAAGAGCGAAGGAAAAGACCUACUUCCAACUACAGAAGUUCUUCUACAACUGGCAAGUGAUGCUUUACCAAAUGAUAUGGCCUUAUCUCUUGCCUAUCUACUUGCACUGCCGCAGGUGGUAGAUGCCAACAAAUGCUUUGAAAAGCAAUUACAUUCUGCGUUAUCUCUCCAGCUGGCAAGUUAUUACUAUAGCCUGCAGAUCUAUGCUCGUUUGGCGCCAUGUUUCAAGGACAAAUGCCACCCUCUCUACAGGGCUGAUCCAAAAGCGUUGAUUCAGCUGGUCACAAAGCAUGUUACUCAGUAUGGCUAUACAGACUGGCCUGAAGAAAUCGCAACUUUGAUAAAUCAGCUGCAUUACUACAAUGAACGACUACUGGAUUUCACUCAAGCUCAGAUUCUGCAAGGACUUGGCAAAGGAGUGGAUGUGCAGAGGUUUACAGCAGAUGGACAGUACAAGAGAGAAACAAUACUAGGAUUGGCAGAAACACUUGAAGAAAAUGUCUACAAGAUUGCUGUUUCUUUGGCUCAGCGAUACAGUGUUCCACUUUGGGAAGUUUAUAUGACCCAUCUGGAAUUCUUGUUCACAGACAGUGGGUUAUCGACACUGGAAAUAGAAGAACGAGCACAAAGUCUUGGCCUCUUUGAGACUUUGAAAACCAGUCCUGAAACCUUACAUGAACACAUGGUUAAAUAUGUUUACCCAAGUAUUGAAGGUAGAGAUCAUCAGCGGUUGCUUUAUUAUUUUACACUCCUUGAAAAUUGUGGUUGCUCAGAAGUGGUGAAGCAUGCUGUUAAACCUGAAACUCACAUCCGACUCCUGAAAAAAUUCAAAGCAGUUGCACCAGGUCUUAAUUACAAAAAGCUAACAGAUGAAAAUGAAAACCCUCUGGAAACACUGGAGCCCAUCCUUACAAGUCAAAAUAUCUUAUCUAUUUCCAAACUGGCUCCCAAAAUUCCUAAAAACGAUGGCAGCAUGCUGUCAGCAAGCUCUAUUUAUGCUGUCUGGUUACAAAAACUUUUUUGGAAUGGCGAUCACCAUCUCAUUAAAAAAAUACCAGAAGCCAUGGAUGAAUGGCUACAUGCGUAUGAUAUGUGUUCAAAGUACUUGGAUAGACUUGAUCCAGAUGAUAUUGUGACUUUUAUUGAUGAAAUUACCUUUUCUUCCAAAGCUGUCACAAAGCUGCCAGUUGAAGCCAGGAUAGAAGUGACUAAGAAGGCUAUUAAAGCAGUCAAACACCUUUCUGAAAAAUCAAGAAAAAAACCUUCUGAGAAUUACAUGGAAGAUCCUGAAAAUCCAUCUGUUGCUUAUGAAGAAACUCUGAAUCACUUGCAGCAAUCUCUUGCUCAUCUGGAAACACUCACUCAUAGUUUUAUCACUUACUUGAAAAACAGCAAACAGGAUACACUACAGAAGUAUGGCUAUUUAUAUGAUUUGUCAAGGUCAGAGAAAGAAAAAAUCCAUGACGAAGCAGUAGCUAUGUGUAUUGAUGGUCAACCCCUGGACAUGAUACAACAGUUGCUACAAGUGGCUGUUGGAGAUGUAGGUUUUUCUCCCAAGGAUAUUGUCCAAUAUGCUAUUAAAAAAAUUGUAUGUACAUUAAG